UUCAGGAUACAUUUUCCUCUAGUUCUUUCUUUUUUUGAUGUAUGCGGAAAAGAUGAAUGAAAGAAGUCCACAGACUAUUGGAUCAAUCAUUGAAUACAUGUGUAUGGUAGCAUAUCGGAAAUUUAUCACAAGGGCGAGGGGUGAAACAAUCCGAAAACGGUUACUCAAUAAAAAAUUUCUUUUCGAUGUGUCAGAUAAAGAAAAUAUGCAAAGGUUAGAAGGUGGCUUUUUGGGAGAUGUGGAAGCAUUCGAACUGAGAGGUUUCGUUCAGGACUUGCGUAAACGUGGAAUUGCGCAUGAUGGGCCUGAUGGUAUACACAUACCUGCCUUGGAAACUAUGGGUGAACCAACAGAAGAGGAUGAUGCCGCCAGCAGUAGUAACGAUGCAUCUGUUAGUGAAGCCGAUGCGAUUCUCAAAGAUGCAGCCGCACGCGCAGCUUUUGCUAGAAAAAUGGGUUCCUCCAAUAAGGUGCAGCGGACAUCGCCUAGUAAACUUCGAGCGUAUUUUGAAGUUGCUCACGCUACACUCACUGAAGUCCCAAUUCCAAACGAAAGAGAAGACUUCCACGUUCCGCCAGAAGGAGUCAUUAUUAAGAAAUCAAUAGACGAAGAUAGAACUAACGAUGAGAAUCGGCAAACCGUUGAGGACGAUUCACCGCCAAAGCGUACACGAUACUGUUGAAAGAUUACUUGUUAGCCUGUUCAGAAUUACCUUUUGUUCCAAUUGUUAUCAGUUCAAUUCAUGUUUUUAUGUUUUUUUAAUGCGUGUUUCUGUGUCGUUUUCAGCUUUUACAAGCUUUUCUCUGUGGUCUCGAUUGCUCUUAGGAUCUAGAUAAGAAAUGUUGUUAUCUUCCAAGUCGGAAAACGUGG